AUGCUUACGAGCAAGACGCAAGACCGCCUGGAGACUACCAGCAAGGCGGUUGGAGCGGCGUGCCAGGCCCUGAUGCGACAGGUGCAGGGAAUCAUGUCGGAACAGAACCAAGACGAGACCGAGGCUGUCAGCUAUACCAAGCUCAGCUCGCACAAGUUCAAGGCGCGGGAGAUAGAGCAGCAGACCAUAUUCAAUGAACUCGAGGAUCGUCGCUGCUUUUCGGCCUCUUGUCUCUAUGGGUUCCCGAGGUAG